ACCACACCCUUUUUUGGGGUAUAUAUUUACCCUGAGAAGAGAAGUCUCUCCAGAGGACAUUGUGCCUUCUCCUGUCCACUCUCUGUAGCUCUGCAUCUUUCACUAAACAAAUCUCCGCUUGAGUACAGACUGGAACCUGACUGUUCAUUCGUGCAGCAGCUCUGGGGUUCGUCCAGGAGAUCAACAGACCAAACACUCUGUACUGGAGAGGGAAGACCCAAUCAGACUUCAAUCAAAACUUUGUGAAAAAUGGGAGAGUGUGUAUCGAAAACCUCUUUCCCCACACUCAACCCAGAACCAUCCAAACUAGCUUUGUUUACGAAUACUGAUACAGAGUUUUACAGAAUCCCAGCUCUGAUCUACAUUCAUGAUUCAGAAACCUUUCUUGCUUUGGCUGAAAAACGAACCUCACUGGCUGAUGUUGACGCCACUCGCCUGGUCCUCAGGAGGGGAACACGGGAGGACGGGAGAGUUCAGUGGUCAGACAUGCAGGAGCUUACAGGAGCCGGUUUGGAUGGAUAUCGCACCAUGAACCCGUGUCCAGUCUAUGAGAAACAAACUAAGACUGUCUUUCUGUUCUUUAUCUGUGUGUAUGAUAAGGUCACUGAGCAGGAGCAGAUUAACCGCCGUGAGAACGCGGCUCGUUUAUGUUUUGUUAAAAGCGCAGACAGCGGGCAGACAUGGAGCGAGACGACAGAUUUGACAGACACGGUGAUUGGAGAUGAGAUAAAGAAAUGGGCCACGUUCGGUGUCGGUCCUGGGCACGGCAUUCAGAUGACCAACGGCAGACUCAUCAUUCCUGCUUAUGCUUAUUAUGUUGAUUUUUUUGGUCCAAAACCCCAAGCUUUUGCAUUCUACAGUGAUGAUCGUGGGGACACUUGGAAGUCUGGACAAAGAAUAAGUGCCGAGUCUGGUGAGUGUCAGAUGGCCGAGAUCAUUAGCAGUGACGGUAAAAGCUACUUGUACUGCAACGCCAGACACGGAGGCUUUGGUGAUAGAUUUGAGGCCUGGAGUGAGAACGGUGGAGAGAGCUUUAAUAAGAGCCAAUGUGAGAAGAAAGUGGUGGAGACGGGUAACGGCUGCCAAGCCAGUGUAGUGAGCUUUAAACACGGAGACGAGACCUGGCUGCUCUUUUCCCAACCGACUGACCGAUGUAACAGAAAGAAUCUUGGGGUUUAUGUGAACAAGUCUCCUGUGAGUGGCUGCGAUUGGAUUGAACCUCGAAUCAUCAACCCUGGUUACAGCGGGUACUCAGAUCUCACUCAGUGCGGCUCGGACCUUCACUUUGCUUGUCUCCUGGAACGUGGGACGAGUACCGUUGAAGAAACAGUCUUUGUGGAGUUUCCACUCAGUGAUAUCAAGAAAAGUUAUGAAGAGUAGCUGCAUGUACACGUAAAACAUGAAUUUAAAACCAUCAGAAAUCAGAAGAGAAUUCAGAAUCGGCUUUCAGAGAAACACGUCCUUUUAUCAUUUUAGUUUGGUUGAAAUUUACAUUCAUUUACUUACAAACACAUUACAAUCACAGAAAAGUGCCAUUUGAACAGAGCUGUGUAGAUUAUUUUAGUGUUCUUUAUAUCGCUCAGAGACAGUCAGGUCCAUAAGUAUGUGGACAGUGAGACAGUGUUGGUGUGUGUGUGUGUGUGUGUGAUGAAGCGAUCAGGAUGUGACUGAAGUGUCGACUUUAAUUCAAGGCUUUAACUAAAAUAUUACAUUAAUUGUUUUGGAGUUACAGACAUGUUCAAAAGUAAUGGGACAGCUGACUGAUGAACAGCCGGUUCUGGCUGUCUUUAGUUGUUUUCAUAACAGAUUGUUAGCGUUGAUUGAGUGUUAAAUCAAAAGUGUGUGUUCAUGAGAACUCUCAGUCUGCAGCCCAGGCAAGUCAUAAUGAAGGCACACACAGACACACACACACACACACACACACACACUGCCUGGCUGGCUGUUCACAUACUUAUGACCCGGACUGUAUCACAGCUCACUUUAUUUCAGUCUUCAUUACUUAUCUCCUGUUUGUAUCCCAGCUUUAUACACAAUGUACACAAAAUGAUUUUAUAAUGUCUGUUUAAUCCUGGUUUAUCUGAUUAUAAUCCAGUACUUGGACUAACCUGAACCCUCUUCCCAGUUGUGUUGGACUAAUGGCACUUGGUUAUUAACCUAGUUAACCCAGUGUAAGUGUGUAUCCAGUGAUGUAAACCUUAAAGCACUUUUUGUAAGUCACUCUGGAUAAGAGCGUCUGCCGAACACCUAAAUGUAAAUGUAAAUUAUAAUCUUCGUGCUCAGUGAAAGCCGGAAACUGUGCUAAUGAUGACAAUAAAACCUAUAUUAUAUCAAUUCAAUUAAAAAA